CACGAACUUCCAUAUGCAGUAGAAACACCUUAGUAUUCGAUCAAGACAAGCUAGUUCUCGAUACAUCUACUUGCCUCUGCUGUCCCAUUCGGCCGCCAGAACCACCCACCUCCUCUGCCCAGCAACUGGCUGGCUACUACUCGAAUCCAUAUUUUGCCGGAGUUUAGCCCGAAAUAUGCCGUGUCUUCCAGCAUCUCUGCUCGAUCGUCCACAUCCCCAGGUCGCUCCAACCAGUCAUGACGAUAUAAAAGCACCAAAAUUUAGCCAGCAACUGGCCGACGCUUCUCCAGUCUCCAUUAUGCCGUGGACACAUCCACAAUGUACGUCGCCUCUGGGGUAAGGGACCAGCAAAUCUGCGUUCACAGCAUCUCCACAUCUGAGGUGGAUGGCCUAGCGAGGAAAGGGAAGGAGGAUGAGGAUGAGGAGUAGACGUAUUUAUAUGACCUUGCUCAAUGUGCACGGGAAACAUGAGCGAAUUUCCAGGUCUUCUCCUGAACAGUUCUCUGAGCUCUGGCACUCUCUUCUAACACUGUCAUGGACGCUAUUCGCAUCACUGUCAGCGUCUUCAUAUUCUUUUUUGGCGUCGCGAGAGCGAGGUCAGUCCUGCCUCUUGAUACUCGAGAUGUAUCGCCACCACCUGUUCCCGGCACGCCACAGAUGAUUCUCAAUGGCGCAUUCACAAACGGCACGUAUGGCUGGGAGUCGUCUCCUACAGGAAAGGUCCGGAACGGCUUGUACUGCAUCACAGUGCCUGCAGGUACACCAUCAGGUAACGGCAGCUAUUUGAGGACUACCUACGAUUUUCUCGAGACCAAGAACGACGUAUAUACGGUCAACUUUACGGCGAGCUCCUCAGUCGGUUUUGAUGUUCUGGUGCUCACGCCAGACCCUCCAUUGGACCCGAACUUCCACGCAACAGCGCCAUUGACAACCACGCCUCACCCUUUCUCCUUUACUUUUAGCCCUGCAAACCAAGCUCCCAAUGCCACACUGGAAUUCGAUCUUGGCGGAGCACCCACUCAGGCCCAAGUAUGUAUAGGCGGUGUCAGUAUGAAACGUAUCAACCGAAGCAGCUACAUCCAGGAUGUUGGCCCAGCAAUCAAAGUCAAUCAAUUGGGCUACUUGCCGCAGGGCCCCAAGAUUGCUACACUCGUCACCAACAACACGCAUCCCAUUUCGUGGUCUUUGCUCACCAGUUUAGGCGAAAACGUAGGCAGUGGGAAGACCAGUUCCCGGUCCGCGGACUAUGCCUCUGGCCAACAUGUCGCCAUCAUUGAUUUCAGCAACUAUACUCGAGAGGGCACUGACUAUGUUCUGACCGCCAGUAAUGCAAAGAGCUAUCCUUUUGCAAUCUCAGCCACCAUAUAUAACGCCCUGCGCCAAGACUCUCUGCAAUUCUUCUAUCAGCAACGCAGCGGAAUUGCAAUCGACUCGUCAUUGGCAGGUCCCCAAUACGCUAGGGCUGCAGGACAUGUCCAGAUACCACCGAACAAAGGCGAUGUUCAAGUUCCUUGUCAAGCCAUCCACGACUCCAUGAUCGCCUACCUCGAGCCGUGGACAUGCAAUUACACUCUUGAUGCGACGCAGGGUUGGUACGACGCUGGGGACCAGGGCAAAUACGUCGUCAAUGGCGGUAUCUCGGCGGCACAACUUCUUAUGGAGUACGAGCGAACUCAGCACGGCGCCAAUGGAACUAACGCUCUUGGGGAUGGCUCCUUGCGCAUCCCCGAACGUAACAACGGCGUGCCAGACAUUUUGGACGAGGCUAGAUGGGAAGUUGAGUUCCUGUUGAAGAUGCAGGUCCCCACUCAUUCACCUCCUCAGCUAUUUAACGGCACUAUGGUAGACAUGUCUGGUAUGGCGCACCACAAGAUGCACGACAACCAAUGGACACCUCUUCCUACCGAUCCCUCCCAAGACCCAAAACGCCGCGAACUUCACAGGCCCAGCACGGCUGCCACACUCAACCUGGCAGCAGCUGGAGCCAUGGCAGCCCGCACUUUCGCCAAGUUUGACACGGCCUUCUCGCAGCGGUGCCUACAAGCAGCGACAACAGCAUACGCGGCAGCGAAACGUCACCCCGCGAUCCUCGCGCCCGGCACCGAUUGGGAUCUUGGUGGCGGAGCGUACAGCGACGACGACGUCUCGGACGAAUUCUACUGGGCCGCAGCAGAAUUGUACCUUACAACCGGGCAGGAUCAGUAUUUGCAAGACCUGAGCAAAAACAGCUAUGCCACAGCCAAUGUCACAACCCUCUUCUCGAUCCCCGAAGGGUUUUCAUGGGGCUCUGUCGCAGCUUUGGGUCAGCUCGAUCUUGCCACUGUCCCAAGCAACAUGACGAACCAUUCUGCCAUCGUCCAGUCCGUUCUUGGUGCCGCAGAUAUGUACCUGGCAGUGCAGCGCAAUACGACUAACGGGUACGGGGUAUUGCUGAACUCGUAUCCCUGGGGCUCAAACAGUAAUAACAUGAACAACAUACAGAUUGUGGCCACGGCGUACGAUCUGACAGGUAACAUGACAUACAGAAACGCAGCGCUUGAGGCGAUCGACUACGUCCUCGGCCGUAACGCGCUUGCGCAGUCGUAUAUUCGUGGGUACGGGAAAAAAGAUACGCAGAAUGUCCACUCGCGCUUGUAUGCGCACGAGCUGGACGACCAGGUUCCGCAGGCUCCGGCGGGUGCGAUGGCAGGAGGGGCGAAUGAGGAUGCGAGCGAUCCCCCAGCAGACGAUGUGCUGCCGGGAUGCAAGCCGCAGCUUUGCUAUGUUGAUGACGUGAAUAGCUACAGCACGAAUGAGGUUGCGAUCAACUGGAACUCGGCAUUGGCAUGGGUGAUUGGGUGGGCGGCGAGUCAAAGCUGAAAUGGGAUACAGUAGAAUUGAUUCA